AUGAUCCACAAGCGUUGCAAAGGCUGUGAGGCAGCAGCACUCAAAGUGCUCACCCUGCUCGAACUGAUCCCGGCUAAGCACGUCAGGGAGGAGUGGCUGCGUCUUGCCCUCAGGGUACAGAUCGCCAAUGUGAAUCCAGGGGUCGUUUGUGACGGACUUGUUGUCAACCAAAAAUCGCUUGUCCUCGAACGGCGUCGUGCUGUCAGGCACCUCUGUUAUCUCAGCCACAGGAAUAUUGAUGGGCGUGUAGUCAAUGGGGUUUACUUUAGAUAUGGCAUCUUCUCCUUCGUCAAUGAUGUCCUCAUCGUCGAACAUGCCCGCAUCCUCUGGUGCUUCGACAGCUCUGACCUUUGCCUCCUUCCCAGAGACAAUUGUAAUUCGCGCUGGAACGGUACCCUUGCCACGCGGGCAAGUGACCGAGAGAGCGUAGCGUCCACUUCGGGGGAGGUGGUACAAGAUCCCAGUUUCCCUAAAAUUAGUGGCGGCGUGUACGCCACUAAUUUUCCUAUCUGUAUCGUCAUACAGGUACAUACCCAUGUAGUCCUGGGCCAUCGCGUCCCCUCCUGUUUUUGGGCUCACAAAUGGCUUUAA